AUGGAGCGUUUUUACCUGAAGUCAGGAGAUGAGCUCUGGCUGAUCCUGGCUCUGUUGUACUACCCCGCAUUGUACUACCCUCUUCUGGCCUGCGGGACGCUGCAUAACAAGGUGGGUUACGUCUUGGGCAGCCUGCUGUCGUGGACACACUUUGGAGUUCUGGUCUGGCAGAAGGUGGACUGUCCCAAAACGCCACAGGACCUCAGUAGCAGUUACUAUCGAGACUAUGUGAAGAAGAUUCUCAAGAAGAAGAAGCCCACCAAAAUCAGUUCCAGCGCAUCAAAACCCAAACUGUUUGAAAGACUCCGAGAUGCUGCCAAGUCUUACUUCUACACACCAGAGGAUGUUUUUAGGUUCCCUUUGAAACUAGCGAUCUCUGUGGUUGUGGCGUUCAUUGCUCUUUAUCAGAUGGCGCUCUUACUGGUCUCAGGCGUGCUGCCCACCCUACACAUCGUCCGUAGAGGAGUGGACGAAAACAUCGCCUUCCUGUUGGCCGGUUUCAAUAUCAUCCUGUCAGAUGACCGUCAGGAGGUGGUCAGGAUUGUAGUGUACUAUCUGUGGUGUGUGGAAAGUGAGUCAGUUGCCAUUCUCAUUCUUCUUAUACUUAGAAUUCCUUCUCAGUUUCUUCUUCAUAAAGAGACGCCCCUAUUCCCUGUAUUUCUGCAGCCGCUGUAUCUGUGUUCCCUCAGGUCUAAUCUGAAGGGACUGUACAGAGGAGACAUCUUUACUGUGUAUAACUGCCACCGGAGCAUUAGACCGUCCCGGCCUGCGCUGGUCUGCUGGAUGGGCUUCACCAGCUUCCAGGCUGCCUUCAUCUGUCUCGGCAUGGUGAUCCAGACUCUGGUGUUCUUCAUCUGCAUUCUGUUCGCUGUCUUCCUCGUCAUCAUCCCCAUCCUGUAUGGAACCAAUCUCGUGCUGUUCCGCAUCAUCGGCAAAAUGUGGCCCUUCUGGUUGAUGCUGUUCCUGGCUGUGCUGAUCCAGCAUGUGACUUCCAGGUUCUUGUUCAUCAAGAAGGACGCAGGGACGAGAGAUCUGAACAACAGAGGGAGUCUGUUUCUUCUCAGCUACAUGCUCUUCCUGAUUAAUGUCAUGGUUGGUGUUAUUCUGGGCAUUUGGAGGAUAGUCAUCACUGCCCUUUUCAAUAUAGUCCACUUAGGACGCUUGGAUAUCAGCCUUCUCAACCGCAACGUCGAGCCGUUUGACUCAGGAUACCGCUGCUACGCUCAUUACCUGAAGAUCGAGGUCAGCCAGUCUCACCCCGUGAUGAAGGCCUUCUGUGGGCUGCUGCUGCAAACCUCAGGCCAGGACAGUGUCUCUGCACAGAGGAUGAGAGAUGCUGAAGAAGGUAUUCAAUUGGUCCAGCAAGAGAAGAAGCAAAACAAGGUGUCCAACGCUAAGCGGGCGCGAGCGCACUGGCAGCUCCUCUACACGCUGGUCAACAACCCGUCUUUGGUGGGCACCAGGAAACAUUUCCAGCGCCAGAGCUCUGAAAGCUUCAUCAACGGAGCCCUCAACCGGACCUCCAAGGAAGGCAGCAAAAAGAAAGACAGCAUCAAGGAGCCGAGCAAAGAGGCAGAAAGCGCCGCCACCAACAACUGAGGACUGCAGAUCACCAUGCGGAGAAAGAGAUCGGCCCUCCCUGCCCCCCAGCCUCUUCAUUCUUAAUGGCUGCUGGCCAGAUAUUGAUGAUAGUAUUAUUUGCUUUGGUGUAGCAGAGAAGCACAUGUGUUUUAGCUAAGUGCACUUACAGCUCAGUGCCUCAGGAAGAAGUUCAUGCAUGCAGUUGUAGUUAACGGAUCCUUUGCACAUGUGUGUGGAUGGAUGGAUGUAUUGUGUCUUUUGUUGCAUGUGUGAGUGAGACUGUCUCUCCGUCUUGGGCUUAGUGUAUCAGGAAAUUUAGUUUGGCACUGAACUCCCGUCUAACCGCUUGAUGCGAGGUUAGUAUGUGUGACUAUUUAUGAAUGUACAGGUUCUGCUCGUUUGCAAAUUGACCAAUUAUUCAUUUCCACUCAGCAUCUUCAUUUUUGCACUCAUUGGUGUGACUAGUGGUGAGAAUGUUAUUAUCAUAGAUGAAACCAAUAAUGUCCAUUGUUGAUCUUUGUCUGUUCUCAUAAAGACAACAUCUACUGUAAUUGUAUUACAAUUGUUUUUAAUCUCUGACUAAAUAUAAAUACAAUCUGUCUCACUGUUACAUUGACACUUAAUUUUGUUAUUCCCUCUAUUAUGUCUUGUUCUGCUACCUAUGGCAUAUAUGUGAUUGAAAUAAAAUAAAU